UAUAAUGGCUUUCCGCUUCACAUCCUUUUUGGCCGUAGGCUGUUUGCUGUUGGCCGCCACCACACCCCUCAAUGCUGCCGCCAUUGAUAAUGCUGUGUCGGAGCCACGUAUUCACAACUCCGAAGAAUUGAUCUCGACCAUUGUGGAUAACUGCUUCCAUGCCAAUGGCAUGCACUGCCUGAAGGAGAAGGUGUUGACCUAUUUGGAUACUGUUGUUGGUGUUGAAGAGGAUGUCAGCGGACGUGCCCUCAACGAUGAUGUUAUCGAAAAGGUUAUCACAGAUCGUGUUGCCCGCAUCUUGAACACCAAUGAAAUCCGUGUACAAUUGCCCGAAACUGUAUUUGCCAAUUCCGUUCUGUCCUAUCGUGCUGAUCGUGGUUUCGAUUUGGAAAUUCCCCAAAGUGAAGCCCGUGGUGAUAAGAAGAAGGACAAAGCUUUCUUGCCCUUGUUGUUGUUGAUGAAAUUGAAAUUGAAGGUUGUCAUGCCCAUCUUGAUGUCAUUGAUUGGACUUAAAGCUUUCAAGGCUUUGAUUUUGUCUAAAAUCGCCAUCAAAUUGGUCUUGGGCUUCAUCAUCUAUAACAUUGUCCAGAAGUUGGGCGGUAUGAAGAUGACCAUGUCCCCAAUGAUGCCACCACCAAUGCCCGCUGCCGAAUACGGUGUACCCACCACCACUGCCUCCUCUUAUGACCCCAGCAGCUGGGAACCAUCCAGCGGUGGCCCAUAUGCCCGUUCUGAUGCCCAAUACAUGGCCUACAACAGCUACCAUCCCAGCAGCAGCAGCUCCAGCACUGGUUCCAGCUCCUCAUCUUCGUCCAGCAGCUACACCAGCUCUUCUUAA